GAAGGAUUUUUAUUAGGAGAGGUAAGACAGGAAGAGACAUUCAGUAUUAGUGACUCUCAGAUUAGCAACACAGAAUUUCUCCAAGUGAUUGAAAUCCAUAAUCAUGAGCCUUGUUCCAAACUCUUUAGUUUUUAUGAUUAUUCAGGCAAAGUCAAUGAAGAGAAUUUGGACAGAAUUCUUAAAAAUCGGAGAAAAAAUGUUAUUGGAUGGUAUAGAUUUAGAAGGAAUACUCAGCAACAAAUGUCAUAUAGAGAACACAUCAUCCAUAAACAGCUGACACAGAUACUUGGAGUACCUGACCUUGUCUUCCUUCUCUUCAGUUUCAUCUCCACUGCAAAUAAUUCUACACAUGCUUUAGAAUAUGUCCUUUUUAGACCAAAUCGAAGGUAUAAUCAAAGAGUGUCACUUACUAUCCCUAACUUGGGCAACACAAGCCAGCAAGAAUAUAAAGUCUCUUCAGUGCCAAAUACUUCUCAAAACUAUACCAAAGUUAUUAAAGAACAUGGGAUUGCAACAGACUCUCUUAAACAGGCAAAUGUCAAAUGACACCUUGGAGCCUAUAUUUAUCCCACAAAUAGCGCAUCCCGGAUUUGUUGUGGAAAGUAGUCUUGAAGAAUCGGAUGCUUCUGAUCCUCCCCCUCCUUACGCUGACUUCAGUGUGACCAAUCACGACAGCGCUGUUCGUCCUGGGGUUCUAGAAAGCAGCGUUUUUAUGCCACGGCCUCAAGCAGUGGGCUCUUCCAGUUAUGCUUCCACAAACACGGGAUUGAAGUAUUCAGGCGGUGGGACGUCCAUGCAGCCUUGUCCCCACACCACCACCACCACCACCACCGAUGAGAAUGUUAAUGAAUCAGAAGACAGUGACUAUGAGAAUUCGCUUGACCCUACAGAAUCUUCUGACAGUGAAUACGCACAAAGAGAUUCUCGAUCCUUAGCACAUGUGGAUGGAGAUUCCAGGAACACUCAGAUCUCGCAGAUUUAAUAUAGAGCUUAAAGAUAGGACUAUCUUUCCUAAUUGUUACAGAAAUAUUUUGGAAUUUAACUUUGAGGAAAAGAGCUACAAGAGGAUUAUUGUGCACAACAGAUAUAAAAAAAAGACUUUGAACUUAUAGAUGGCUUACUCACUUUGAUACAGUUUUACAAGUUUUUGUAAUGGAACCAUGAAGAUAAUCAACCUGUACUGAUUGACGAGAUUCAGGAUGUACUGGUAAAUAGCAAAGUGAAAUUUGAAACAGUUUGUCGCCAUGCCUUCCAAAAGAAAAAGAAAAAGGGAUUUCACAACUAAGCAUGGUCUCUAAUGAUCUUAAAUCAAACCUUACCUCGUGUACUAUCAUGCCUUGAAUUUUAGAGAGGUUGUUUCUAAAGGACUUAAAUCAGCAGGCUUUUUAAUGAUGAAGCCAAAUAAAUCAUUGCCAGGAAAACAAACAAACAAACAAACCUUUAUUUCCAAGAAGCCGGAUUGGAACAAAUGUGAAUUAUCCUCUCUGCAUGUUCUUUCAAUAGAGAUGGGGUUUGUUUCAAAUCUUUUUUUCUACAGGCCUAAUGUAAAUCACUUGACAUUAUGGUUGCCUUUUUAUGUAGGAAAACGAUUACCAGUAAAUCAUCUGUGAAUGUCCUAAGCAUACUACUUUGACGUUGGUGGAUUUAAUGUGACUUCGCCACACUAUCCUUAUUGUCUCGGUUUGGUUCAUAACACAUGAAAGCACAUAGUGGAAGUGGUCAGUUUUAUGUCAGAGUUUUGUAUUAGAAAACUAUAAACGCUGAACAUUUAAUGAAGGUGAUAAGCUCUUGCAACUUAACUUGCAAAAAUGCCCACACUUGCGCUUAACUUGAAAAUGUCCUUUUAAAUUUAAAUUGUGUUUCUUAUUGGGAAAGAAGAGGCUCUACUUUUGGAAGCACGAAGCAGAUUCUGCUCAAAAUAUUGGAUGCACUUAUUUCUUUACUAUAUGUUUGCAGGAUUGGUGGAGGUUUGUGGGUAUUUUUUUAACCCCCAUGAUUUUAAAAAAAAGCAGUGCAAUUUAAGCAUCCGAUUUGGCUUUUAUUCCAAUUACCAAAUAGUAAACUGUUCAGUCUAUGACAAUGUGUUUUGAUCAUGAAUAAUUCCUCUCAUUAAUAUCCAACCUCCCCCCCCUCCUUUUUUAAAAAAGAUGUCAGACUUCCUCAGGCUAAAAUCUCAAUAGCUAAACAGUCUGAGAUCUAUUUAUUAUUAGUCUUCUAUGUCUCUAAUUAAUAAAAAAAAUAGCAUUUAAAUGAUUUAUCUCCUUGGAUAUUUGGGACUGUAAAACAUUUCUAUUCCACUACUUAAUAUAUUCUUUGGCCUUAACACGAUGCAUUUUUUUUCAUUGCUGUAGCCUGUUCUAAUUAACAAAAAAAUAUUUGGAUUUUAUUAACUUUGGGUAUACGAGCUCCUAUUAGUGCAGUUUGUUCAAUAAGUGCUGUUGCCAUCUCAUCAGUUCAUUUGAUAAAUUUUUAAUCUUGCUCAGAAACUUUUAAAUGUACAACUUUGACAAAGGUAAAUGUGACAAUAAAAUCUUAUUUAAUCCUU